AUGCAGCUGCCACCCUUUGACAUGUGGAAGGACUACUUCAACCUGAGCCAGGUGGUGUUGGGACUGAUCCAGAAUCGUCGACAAGGGCCAGAGGCCCCGGGCACCGGGGAGCCAAGACCUGAGCCCCCACUGGAGCAGGACCAGGGCCCGGGAGAGCGGGGGGCCAGCGGGGGGCUGGCCACCCUGUGCAACUUUUGCAAACACAAUGGGGAAUCUCGCCACGUGUACUCCUCGCACCAGCUGAAGACACCGGAGGGCGUGGUGGUGUGUCCCAUCCUACGACACUAUGUGUGUCCCCUGUGCGGGGCCACCGGUGACCAGGCUCACACACUCAAGUACUGCCCGCUCAACGGCGGCCAGCAGUCUCUCUAUCGCCGCAGUGGGCGCAAUUCAGCCGGCCGCAAGGUCAAGCGCUGAGGACCGCAAGGUGCCCACCCCUGCACACCCAGCCUCUGGGCUCAGUCCUACCGAGUCCCUGGACUCCUCUCCAUUCCCGGACUCACCCCGCCUUCUGGAAGAUCUGACCCCCAGGAUGCCACCCCUGCUGGAUCCUGACACCAUGGAGGCUGUGGGGAGCCAGGCCAGCCCUGCCCCUUGGACCUCUCAGCCCGGGGGGUUCUGUACUGGGCUGCUUGUGAAUUCUUGGUGCGGCGGGACCCCUGCCCCUUGGACCACACAGCCCUAUGGCUUCUUCUGGUUCCUGGAUCUUUUAGUCCUUCUGGGACACUAGCCCUGCCCCCUUUGACAACUCAGGAUCCCACUGUGCUCUCCCAGGCCCACCCCUCAGAAUCUGGGGAGCGUGAACAGGCAGGCCUGCGCCCUCCAGCCCAAGAACUUCAAGAUGGGAUUCUGACUCAAGCCAGCCGUCACCUUCUUCAGCCACCGGCGACCCACCGGCUCACCAUGGACGCCACCGGCUGGGUCCCUCCCUGCCCUCAGCGGCCCG